AAAGUGUGUCUAAAAAUUCUCUCUCCAUGGCAAGCACUUGCAGAAUAUGUGUUCUCGUUCUAGUAGGUGUAUUAUUGCUUGGUCUUGGUGCCUUGUUUGCCUAUCUUUUUUUGGGUGCAUUAGACUAUACAACUAGUAUAUUAAUUCCGGAGAGCCAUCCUAAGUGCAUCUCGUCUGCCUGCGGUAAAAUCCACAACAUAACCAGCCCUUUUCGACUAGCCAACAAUCCAAAUCAAAGAAACUGCACGAACUGGAAUUACUAUCUCUUUUGUCGCAACAACCUCACAGUAUUGGAAGUAGAUUCAGGAAACUACUUUGUGCAGGCAAUCAACUACGACAACUUAACAAUCCGAGUUGUAGAUCCUGGCAUUCGCAACAAUGAUUUCUCCUCCAUCCCCCGUUAUUCGCUUUCCAUUUACAACUUAACUCACAAUGAUCUUCAAUUAGCAUCAAGUACAACACCUAUAACUUACUUCAAGUGUGCAAAAGCAGUGAACUCAUCUGUGAUGAGAACGUAUAAUUAUGUCAAGCAAGGGAAUAUAACGGCAUCAGAUAUGGAGGACGGGUGCAGAAUAGAGUGGACGACUUUGAUGAGUAAGUCGUUCUUGUACGGAAAGGACAGAAACUUUUCUUAUCAUGACAUACACAGCGCACUGGGGUAUGGCUUUGAGCUUCAAUUCCGCUUUGGCAGGACCAGCAGCUACAAAUUUGGUUUGUGAAUUACUUGCUAUAUUCCAAGUCUACAAUUUCUUACUCGAACUUUCUGAAUUUCUCCAAAUGUCACUUGUUUAAAUCUAUCAUCCAUGACAUUUUGUUACGCUUUAUUUCUCAUUUUCAAUAAUUUGUUUUGUUUAGUUUUACUUGAAAUAAGGCGAUACAGGGCUGAAAACCAGAAAGACAUAUGGAGAAAAUACGCCAAAUAUUCUUUGAAAAUAAAAAUUCUACCAAUUUUAAACAGUUUUAUUACUUGUAUUUUG